GGAUAAAAGGACAGAUCGUCAUAGGACAGAAGCAAGUGAUACAGCGUUCCUUCGGGUUGGGGAAAUCAAAGUGUCACGUGAUGGGAUCGACAGAUAAGGACGCCAUCUCUCUCUCUCUCUCUCUCUCUCUCUCUCUCUCUCUGUCUUCUCUCUCUAAACUGGCCUCGCCGCCUUCUUCUAACCAGCCUUCUUUCUACCUCUCCUUUUAGCCUCUAUUUAUGCUGCUGCUCUACGACCCUCUUCUUUGGAAUCAGAAAGACCAGCAGAAACACCGAGAAGAGGAAGCUCCUGUCGUUUAUAAUGGCGAUCGAUCAGGAGCCCCCCUUCCAAGACCUCAAUGUCAAGAACAGACGAGCCAUGGGAGAUGGAGGACCGGAGGAUGACAGCCGCUGGCCUCGGUGGCUGCGGCCGCUGCUGACGACGAGGUUCUUCGGCCACUGCAACCUCCACGGAGAUUCCCCCAAGAGCGAGUGUAACAGGUACUGUCUCGAUUGCACCAACGGCGCCCUCUGCUCGCACUGCCUCGCCUACCACUGCGACCAUCGCACCAUCCAGAUACGUCGAUCAUCCUACCACGACGUGAUCAGAGUGUCCGAGAUCCAGAAGGUGUUGGACAUUACCGGCGUGCAGACGUACAUCAUCAACAGCGCCCGCGUGGUGUUCCUCAACGAGCGUCCCCAGCUGAGGCCCUGCAAGGGCGUCACCAACACCUGCAGUGUCUGCGAGCGCAGACUCCUCGACUCUUUCCGCUUCUGUUCCCUCGGCUGCAAGAUCGCCGGCACCCGCAACGGCCGCGGCGAGAAGAAGUCGACGAACAAGAACGAAAUGGCGGCGGCAUCGGACUCGGAGGAGUCCCACACUAGCUCCAGCCACGUGACGCAGAGCUUCAGUCCCUCUACCCCGCCGCCGGCCGUCGUGAGCUACCGGAGCUCAAAGAGCAGGAAGGGCAUUCCCCGCAGGGCUCCCUUUGGAAGCGUCCUAAUGGAGUUGUAGGCCAUGCAUCUCUCGUGUUACCACCAGCAGUUACCACCAAUAAUACACAGCAGAAGGCUAUCCAUUCACGUAGUUAGUCUCGUGUGAGCAGCUCACGGUGACUAGAUUCUGAAAGAGGUAUGCUACGAGGAUGCAUGUCAGAACCUGCAACUUUUCGUGGUGAAGCGGAGUAAGAAUGGACCUGCAUCGCAUCCUAAUCGAAGAAAAGGGUAAACUGCUGAAGCUUUAGAUUAGAUAGUCGGCUGCGGUUGCUGCAGUACAUGGUUGUGAUGGUUGGUUAGGAGGGAGAAGGAUGGAUUGAUGAAGGGGGGAAAUGGGUGUGUGUCCAGGAUAGGAAUGUGGAAUAAAUUGCAGAGCUUGUCUG